AUCAAUAUUGUAGUACCAAUAUGUAGCAGAUUCAAUUCAAUCCCUUUAACAUGCAACUCCACCUUCUCUUUUUAUUCAUUCAUCCAUGCAUGUACUUUUUGCAGCCACUCUCAUUUCCGUGAAAACUCAUUUCAAAUAUAUUUGUCCUCUCCUCUCUCUUUCUCUCCUUGGACCCUCACUAGCUACUUUCCUUGGAACCAUUGUUUGGUGUUGAAGCCAAAGAAAUUACAUCAAGCAAGGUAACUAACUAAUUAGCAAGCUAGCACCCCUUUAAUUAUUAUGCGGUGAGAUAUCGUUAGAUUAUUUAUAAUUGGUCUACGUUAAUUUGUAGUAAUUUUCUUAUUCCUCUUUAAAUUCUUCUAGACUUUUAAUUAGUCCACUUAACCUUAAGAAACAAAAAAACUAGAAAGUACUAGAGCAGAAGCUGCCCCAUAUUUUGUGCCCACAACAUGGAUAUCAACGAAAGCAUCACUUCUACAUUCAGCAAUGUUGUUAACAGCACUUGGAAUCACGAGAAGAUGGGAACAGAAGAACAUAACAUCAUCCUCCAUGAUCAUCACCAAAUUCCAAAGGGUGUUGGAAUUUGGCCCCACUACAACUACCCUCUUCACAAUAUUCAACCCUCAUCCUCAUCAAAUGUGGCACCCUCUUCGAGUAAUUUCCUCACUGAUAUUCUAGGAGUCCACUUUGAAGAAGAAGAAGAUGAAGAAGAAGAAGAGCUAGGAGCCAUGAAGGAGAUGAUGUACAAAAUGGCAGUGAUGCAACCGGUGGACAUAGACCCUGCAAGCGUGAGAAAACCAAAGAGGAGAAACGUGCGCAUAAGCGAUGACCCUCAGAGUGUUGCUGCGAGACACAGAAGAGAGAGGAUCAGCGAGAAAAUUCGCAUACUGCAAAGACUGGUCCCUGGUGGAACAAAAAUGGACACUGCUUCCAUGCUCGAUGAAGCCAUUCGCUAUGUUAAGUUCUUGAAGAGGCAAAUCAGGUUUCUUCAAUCAACACCACCACCACCAAUUAAUUGCAAUGUUGGUGCUGCUCCUAAUAGUGAAUAUUAUUGGCCUUUUGCACCAAAUAUGUUGCAUAGUUCCACCACCACCUUUAUUGACAUGCCGGUUAUUGGAAUGGAAUUCAACACCAGAAGCCAUGGUCAUGCCGGUGAUUCGAUCCACCUUAGACAAUCAUGAGGUAAUUACUAGUUAUUAGUGAUGAUUUAGCGGCUAAGUGUUUUUAUUAGGAUUGGUAUGUGCGCGCAUAAUAAUAUUUAAUUUAUGUAUGCUGAUGAUUAUUAUUUUAUGUAACAAAAAAUGGAAAA